GCGCUGUGCGGGCAGGAGCGGAGCGGAGCGGAGGGCAGGAGCGGCCGGCGGCGGCGGCGGCGGGGCAGCGAUGCAUCUGGAGGAUGGCUGAGGCCGGCCGGGCCAGCGCUUCCCCCGCGCCCUGGAGCCGAGGCGGCAUGCUGGGGCUCUGGGCCGCCCUGCUCUGCCUGCUCCUGCUGGCCGCCGUGCGCGGCCUCCCGGCCCCCGGCUUGCCCAGGGCCACCCGGCAGCCCUCAGAUGAUUUAAGAAGUGAAACGGGUUUCCUGGAAGAGUUGGUGGUUGGAAGUGGUGAUGCAGUUGAACUUCAGUGCAAUACUCCGGACUCACCUGUAUCCCUCCUCUGGUAUAAAGACGGCGUUGGGAUUUUACCUACCAACCGGACUCACAUUGGUCAAAAACUCUUGAGGAUUAUAAAUGUGUCCUACAAUGAUUCAGGCCUGUACAGCUGUAAGAAGAGGCAUUCGGUGGAAAUGCUCAGGAACUUUACGGUUCGAGUUACAGAAUCCCCAUCAUCGGGUGAUGAUGAAGAUGAAGAUGAUGAUGAAGAUGACGACUCUGAAGACAGAGUUGCACCUUACUGGACCCACCGUGACAGAAUGGAAAAGAAGCUUUUGGCAGUACCAGCUGCCAAUACUGUUCGUUUCCGGUGCCCGGCAGCUGGCAAGCCGCUUCCUUCCAUAUACUGGCUGAAAAAUGGCAAAGAAUUCAAAGGGGAGCACCGUAUUGGAGGCAUUAAACUGCGGCACCAGCAGUGGAGUCUCGUCAUGGAGAGUGUUGUUCCGUCAGACCGAGGCAACUACACCUGUGUGGUCCAGAACAAAUACGGUGUAAUCUGGCAUACUUACCAACUGGAUGUUCUUGAAAGAUCUCCACACCGCCCCAUUCUCCAGGCAGGGCUGCCUGCCAAUCAAACGGUGGUGGUUGGGAGCAACGUGGAAUUCCACUGCAAAGUGUACAGUGAUGCUCAGCCUCACAUCCAGUGGUUGAAACAUGUGGAAGUCAACGGAAGCAAAUACGGGCCGGAUGGGACUCCUUACGUGUCUGUCCUAAAGUCUUGGAUCAGUAAAAACGCUGAAGCCGAUGUUAACCUAAAUCUAUUCAAUGUGACCAAACAAGACGAAGGCGAAUAUCUUUGUAGAGCCAACAAUUUCAUAGGCAGAGCCGAAAAAUCAUUUUGGCUCCACAUUCACAAACCAGAAGCAGCAGAAAAACGGGUUGCGAGACAGGAUUCCAGCUCGUUUUACGCCGGCAUCCUCAGCUACGGGAUUGCCUUCGCUCUUUCCAUCCUGGUGGCCGUGAUGGUGAUGAUUUAUAAAAUCAAAAGGCCGGCCAAAAAAGCCAUGAAUGCCACAGCAGUCCAGAAAGUCUCCAAGUUCCCCCUCAAGAGACAGCAGGUGUCUUUGGAGUCCAACUCAUCCAUGAACUCCAACACUCCUCUGGUGAGGAUCACCCGCCUCUCCUCCAGCGAGGGCGCCAUGCUGGCCAACGUCUCCGAGCUGGAGCUGCCGGCAGAUCCAAAGUGGGAACUGACGAGAUCUCGCUUGACUCUUGGGAAGCCGCUGGGCGAAGGCUGCUUCGGGCAAGUGGUGAUGGCCGAAGCCAUGGGGAUCGACAAGGAAAAACCAAGCAAGCCUGUGACUGUAGCCGUCAAGAUGCUGAAAGAUGACGCCACAGACAAAGAUCUCUCUGACUUAGUCUCAGAAAUGGAAAUGAUGAAGAUGAUCGGCAAGCACAAAAAUAUUAUUAAUCUCUUGGGAGCCUGCACGCAGGACGGUCCUCUUUACGUUCUUGUGGAAUAUGCAUCCAAGGGGAAUUUAAGGGAAUACCUGAGAGCCCGUCGGCUACCUGGCAUGGAUUAUUCCUUUGAUACCUGCAAGCUUCCCGAGGAACAGCUUACCUUUAAAGACUUGGUCUCGUGCGCCUACCAGGUGGCCCGUGGGAUGGAGUAUCUGGCAUCUCAAAAGUGUAUUCACCGGGAUCUGGCUGCCAGAAAUGUUCUAGUCACGGAAGACAACGUGAUGAAGAUAGCUGACUUUGGCCUAGCCAGAGAUGUUCACAACAUCGAUUAUUACAAAAAAACAACUAAUGGCCGGCUGCCGGUGAAAUGGAUGGCUCCCGAAGCAUUGUUCGACCGUGUCUACACUCAUCAGAGUGAUGUGUGGUCAUUUGGGGUGCUGCUGUGGGAGAUCUUCACUUUAGGAGGGUCUCCUUAUCCAGGAAUCCCAGUGGAGGAACUCUUCAAACUGUUAAAGGAAGGCCACCGAAUGGACAAGCCUGCAAAUUGUACCCCAGAUUUGUACAUGAUCAUGCGGGAGUGCUGGCAUGCGGUUCCUUCUCAGCGGCCAACUUUUAAGCAGCUGGUAGAAGACCUGGACCGAGUGCUGACGGUGACCUCCACGGAUGAAUACAUCGACCUGUCCGUGGCCUUCGAGCAAUACUCCCCCAAAGGCCACGACACCCACAGUGCCUGCUCUUCAGGAGAUGACUCCGUAUUUGCACACGAGCUGCUCUCAGAGGAGCCUUGCCUUCCAAAACAGCAGGCCAACGGCAUCAUCAAGACAUGAUGACAGACACUGAGCCUCAAAAACGAGAUUCGUGAAUGUACGUCUGAGGGGAGCUUUGGAACAAGAUCCUGAGGAGGAAGAUGCCUUUUUCUGCUCCACGGCACGGAGGCCUGCGUUGCCGUGAAGCCAUGGCACACAGGACGUACUUUCUUCCUACUUUUCUUGUCAAACACUCGGAAACCUUGAAAGGCAAAGGAGAGGAUGGGGAACCUCCGGCCUUCGAGUCCGUUUUCUGUGCCUGCAAAUUCUAGGAGUGGGUGGGAAAAUGACAAAAACAACAACCCCCAUGUGCGAAGAAUGUAGGAAAUGUUGCCCUCGUGCAAUCCGUACACAACUCUCCUUUGGUAGGGCUCCGUAGCCACGUUGCCUGCAGGGAAUCUUAAGUAAGUACUGGUUUUAUAUUUAAUAAAUAUAAAACGAAGCCAUCUACUUAAGGACUCAUUCAAAGCCAUUCUGAGGAGUUAAUCACUCUCGAAAGCAUUAAACCUCUUUCAAAGUUGCCUUCAUUUUUCUCACGGUGGGAAGUACGCCGCCUCUUGCCGUAACGGCUGGAUAAGUGAGUGUGUGCAGGCAAGACGAGACGUGAAGGUCUGGAGGUGUUGCAAGCUCUAGAAAAUUGUGUGUGUGUGUGUGUGUGUGUUUGUGUUGGGGUGUGCGCGUGUGUCAUUUGUUAAUGAGCAUGUAGCAGUGACUUUGGCUAAUUUUUCCAGGGGAUUUCUAUGAACUGUAAUGUGCAUCAAACGGAAAUUCUGCUAUUUGCUACAUUUAUUUAGCUAUUUUCUGGGUGAGUUUUUUUGUAGAUAAAGUUUAAAUAUAUUUGUAAUGGAGGUCCAUAAAUUUUUCCCAGAAAUCUGUUAUCAAACACUUGGAGAGAGAGAAAAAAAGAUAUUACGGGUACCCCAUAGUCGAACGCCUUUCAACGAAUCGCAAAGUUUUAUUUCCUACAAUUGUGCAUAUAUCUAUAAAUAGCUCUUGUGUGUAUAUAAUAUCUCCGAUAUUAACAUGGCUGACAAGACUGAAGAGGAAUUUAUUCCAGUUAAGAAUUCCUCCAGAGUAGGACAUACUGAUUUAGGCAAAGGUUUUCUUUUAUCUUGUCAGCUUGUUUUGUUUUAAAAAUUUAUAUUUUAACAUGUAUAUUUGUAAAAUUAUUUAUAGAUAUUAACAUAUGUUCAUUAAUGUAUACAUUUAAUUUUUUCAUCAGAUUUAAGGAUUUUAACUUAUUAAAAAUAGAGGAAGAUUAUUCAAGAUUGUUUUUCUGAAUUCCUGAGAAAUCUUAGAAAAAUGUAUAGCUGUAUAGUCCUUCAACACAUUACUUUAAUACUAAUUUUUCUUCAUAAAAAAACAAAAAACAAAAAAAAUUACUGCUUUUUCCUGAGUUGCAACUAUUAUCAGGACAUACAUUCUGUAAUAUGUUAAUAUUAAAUCCAAACAUUUGACAGCCGAAAUAAUCCCUUUUCCAUCUCUGUGAGAGCUAAGAAAUCUUUCAUCACUUUUGCCUCUGCAUUAAGAUGGAUUUUUUUCCAGGGUUUUUUUUUCUUUGAAUGAAGGUGUUCUUCAUGGUUGAAAAAAUAUCAAAUAUGUGGCAGAGCUGAAUGUUGACUGCAAAUGACUAAUCCACUACAUGUGUGUGUUCCCAUUUGCAUUUUUACGGUAGAGAAAAGGAUCCAAACAAAAUAAUAACUCAAAAUAUAUGUAGAGAGAGUUCUGAUGGUUGUAGAUAGACUUUGAACCUCACAUGUUGCUUGGGAAAAUGUUGGGUUUUGUGGAUAAGUCGGUCAAAACUCUCUAGAUACCUUGAGAGCAUUUUUGUGAGUUGUUGCAAGAUUUUUUUAGAUUCCUCGGGAGCAGUUCCAGUGCCUCCCAUAACAAUUUGAAACGGAAAGCUGGUUUCCAUUCCUGCUGGUCCCAAAACAUGAAAAUGCAGGGAGCCCUCCUGUCUUUUCCUCUAGUUGACCCUUAGGAGAAUGCAAAGGACAUAAUCCAAUCAAUUCCCAACUUCCUGAUCUAUCACUGGUCAAAAAGCCUUCCUCCCUGUUUCACAUUAAGAGGAGAGCAUCUACAGCUCUCCUCCGUAUUUUUUCAUUCCAUCUGUUGAGGUGUGUUGGGUAGCUUGCUAAACUCCAAUAGGAGAGGUUAUUGUGCAGGGGGAAGCCAGACGGGGAAGUUCAUUGUUAAAGACUGAAAAAUCAACAAAAGCACGGAAGUCCACCAUAAGCUUCCCAGCUUCCUCUCCAUCAUUCCUUUCUUGCACUGAAAAGCCCCCAGAGUUGUGAAAAAUGAAAUGGAAGCAAGUCAGCAAUUUUGCAAAGAGUUGUUUUUGCCAGUAGCUCAGGGGAAACAGAACAGAUUCCCGGUUCAAGAGGUUGAGCCUUUAAUUUGGGUGGGUGGGCAUAUAGUGGCCAGCUUAGGUCUCAAAGCAAGGAGGCAGAUGUUCCCCUGCACAAGGAAAUGGAUGUCCUCCAAGGUCUGCAGAACCACCACAAGUGAACGGAAGAUGGUGAUUCUGCUACGCAUCAAUUUUGAAGAUGACUCCAUGGAACCCAUCAAGUCCAGAGCUGACCCCAAAGUGAUGGACUGACUAGACCAGUGAUGGCUAACCUUUUUGCCGUCGUGUGCCAAAAGUGGGGGUAGUGGGGGGGAUUGUGCACACCCAUGACCACACCCAUAAUUCAAUGCGCCGCGUCGCCCCAAAAAAGGGGGGCAUGACACCCCCCGUUCUCCCCCCGCUUUUGGCACACGAUGGCACGGUGGGCCUGGUAGGACCAUUUUUUUUGCCCUCCCCAGGCUCCAGAGCCUUUCUAGGAGCCUGGGGAGAGCAAAAACAGCCUUCCCCACUCCCCCGGAGGCCCUCCGGAGGCCUGGAAACAGCCCGUUUCCCGACUUCCGAUGGGCCCGGAAGGCCCAAAAAUCAGCUGGCCAGCGCGCACAUGUGUGCUGGACUGAGGUAGGGCAAUGCUUGCGUGCCCACAGAUACGGCUCCGUGUGCCACCUGUGGCACCCGUGCCAUAGGUUCGCCAUCGCGGGACUAGACCAAGGGACAUGCCUGUUGAAUAAGGAAGUAAAAAACGGGGAUAUAUAAAAUGGAGUGAGACCAGGGUUCCAGUUUUGGAACUAAGAUUAAGGAGGAAGUUGGACACAAGGAAGGUGAGCCCCAUUUGUAAUGGAAAGGACAGGUGUCCUUGGGGACGUUUGUAUAUCCCAAAGGUGAUAUUUCAAAAGGCAACUGAACUUUUGUUUUUCCCUGAAGGUGCUUCGCUUCUCACCUAAGAAGCUUCUUGAGUUCCUAAAGACAACCAUGACCCGGAUGAUUGAGAAUCUCCCUAGGAAGUUUGUGUAGUUUUAAACUUUUUAAUUUGCAUAGUUUUAAUAUUUUAAUUUCUAUUUAUCUUUUAUUAUAAUCUGUUAGCCACCCAGAGUCACCUUAUGAGGAGAAUGGGCAGCACAGAAAUUUAAUAAAUAAAUAAAUAAAUAAAAGUAAUAAAUAAGAGCUUCUUGCUUAGAAAUUGCUCCCAAACGGUUAGAGAAAUAAAUUGUGGAAGGGCUCGCUUUCAUUGAUCAGGUGGUUAAAACUGCAGGUGGGAAACUUUACAGUAAAAUAGAAUUAGCUCCUUUAGCUGAAUUUUCGGUCUGGUUUACCGGAAAGACUGGCAUUGAUUGGGUUCAUUCACAACAUUCCAGAUCAAUAUUCAGCAUAUUUUUGCAAUACCACAAGAUGGUUUCAAAAUAGUUGAAAUGAAGCUUCAAAACGGUUUUUGAAAAAUAGAUUUCUAUAGACACAUACUUUUGGGGGUGGAAUAAAAAAAAUGUGCUAUUUUCUUACAAUGCCUGUUAGUUUUGUACAUUCCAAACAUUUGAAAAUUGCUCUCCCAGCCCGAGUUCAUUAAUUACCUGAAAUAUAUUAUAUAUUCAUAUAUAAUAUAUUUAUGAAAAAUUUUACAAAGGUAUAUUUCUUAUAUAAUUUUAAAGCCAGGGUUUGAAAACUUGGAUGUUUCUUUCAACCUUUAUUCUUGUCCACGUUGCAGUCAAGAAGUUUGCAAAUUGUGACAUUUGGGGGAACAUUUUCCCAGUUCGGUGUCUUACAGCUUCUGUAUGGCUUUUGAACUUUUUAGAAGAUGUGAAACAAAAAAGAAAAGAAAACUUAUUCUGUUUUUGCUUACCUGGCCCCAAAAUAAUAAUAAUAAAAAGUUAAACGUAA